AUGCCCUCAGAGCCUGCUGUCGUCUCGCAAAAUUCUUCUCCAGACGUCCCUACUCCUCAACCUACAACAUCUUUCCAGCAUGGCAAUGACGAUCGAUGCGAUGAACCGGUCUUCGACACUCUUCUCCGCGAAGAUGUUGGAGACCAGGUCGCGUCGAGCGACCCGCCAGUUUCCGCUCCCGCUGGGGCGCAUGCCAGCGAAGACGCAUUACUACGAAGAUUGAACGGCACCGACGACGAUGUAGCCAUUGUAUCUUCACCAUCAUCAGUUCCUCGUGGUGUUGAAACUGAGAAUUCCUUAGAAGACGUGUUUCGGUCUUCUCCGGGAUCGCAUCAAUCAAAGGUUUACGUCUUGCGACCCAAACCCCGCCAAACUCUCGCGGAACUUCCAAAUGAGGUUCUUACUCAUAUUCUCUCGCAUCUUACGCCCGCUGCUCUCACGGCGAUUGCGUUCGUAUCCCGUCGAUUCCAUACACUAGUCACUACCCCUCAUGCCUGGAGAACCGCGUUUGGGCGCUACUUCCCAGGACCUUACAGUAUCGGCGAAGAUGUUACAUCUGAAGGAUUGGACUCGUCCAGACGCUCUUUCACUAGAUUGACUGCACUGGCAUCGUGGCGCAGUGAGUAUAUACUCCGGACACGACUGUUGCGGUCCCUUGGUCGAGGAAAGCCAGCGGUGAUUCCUUCAUCUGGAAAGCACAAUGCUCGUGCUGGGGGAAUCCAAAGCGGAUCAGCGCUUGCGACAUAUACUUCCCAGCUUCUGUAUCCCAUUACUCAUAUUGAUGCCUUGUUUACACCUACGAAUGCCAAGAAAUCUCCCCUGUUCAUCCACGGAGCGGCGGAGGAGGGUGUUGCUUCAAUGAGUGAUCCUUCUGCUGGGAAGACAGGUCCGUGGGGUCUUUACGGUCAUCCACUUUUCAAUCAUUUCACAGACUUGUAUUCCGGCGAAGCAGAGUAUGGUUUGGGAGCGGGGGAUAUGGUUGGGGUACCGAAUUCCAUGGACGUGAGCCAACCAUAUGGCAUGAUCUACGGCGAAGGCUGUCCUAGAGGCCGCAGCUACUUCGUAUCAUCGGAUGAGAAACGUGGUCGAUUUCUCGGCGGUUCUGAACUACACUCGGAACCCGCGUUAGGUAUUCCUGACAUUCAAAGUUUUACCACUGGCGUUAGUUCGGUGUGGAUCGCCAGGUCUCCGAACAUCCUGAAAAUAACAAACAAUAUAUUUGGAAUAUUGUGUGGUUCUACUUCUGGUGUUUUGACUGCGUACUCUCUUGGAAGCAGUUUGUUGCAUGAACGGCGGUUCGACCCUGGCCAAAUUACAGCCAGGUGGGUACUCAGUCCCGGUGUUCCAAUUAUCUCCAUCUCGGUAGAUGAAAACUUCUCGGAAAAACGAUAUUCUACUCGCCGGAUUUGGGCUACAGUCUUGAAUGCUUUAGGCGAAGUCUAUUACUUGACAGAGCUUCCAACUCCUCCCGAAUCCAACCAGCCAGCAUUGCCUGAGGUUUUGGAAAGAAGGGCAUGGAAGGCUGGCCGUAGUGUUCGUUGGGAACUCAUCGAGUCUACCCGUCGUGUCGCUCGCCCUGAUCCAUUUAACCGAGACGCUGUCGAUGGUAGUUACAGCCCACGAUCUUCUACUGAUUCAAUGGGCCUGAGUGAGAGCCAAAUCGCUGCAGAAACAAGGGAGAUUGAGAAGUAUCUAGCAUUCAAGCCAAAACACUUCCGUAAAGUCUGUGAAGGCUGGGAUAUGCAAAGACGGUUAAAGGUCGAUUUUGCUGGUGAUGAUUUGAACGGCGCCGGAGAACAGGUUUUCAUCAUCAGCUGUGGGUUUGAUCAAGACCAGUCUGCUUCAGUCCGUCGUCAUGUCCGUCAGAAAGUGUCUAUAUCAACCAGCUCUGAGCAUUCUCCGAAGUUGUCGAGCUUCAAGCCAGUGGUGCCCUCCCUGUUCGGUGGACCAACCACUCCACAGUCGUCUCAGCCAACUAGUCAGCCUCGGUCUCGAGCUGCCAGCCAUGCUAGCCACAGUGUUUCGACUAUUGCCAAUACUGAAUGGAAAGCAACCGACUUCGUUUUCGGUGGUCCCAAGUUUCUUCGGCUGACUUCUGCAGCAAUGGACAUGUCCAGUUUGGCACAACUCACAGUCGCGGAAGAUCCUCUGCUUGGAAUGUCAAGUGCUUCUAAUGUGUCUUCACCUGCUUCCUCACCAUUACCAUGUAUGCAAGCUUCGGCUUCUGAAUCCGGUGUGCCAGGACAACGGGCUCGUUUUCUGGCUGUGGGAACUGAUUCAGGAUCUGUAUAUGUUUGGAAUAUGCGGGUACCACCGAGCCGUACUCCUGGCUUGAUCAACACUGUUUCACCGGUUCGGAUAAUACAGACGGAAUCGCCUCAAGUUUCAUGUCUUGGUUUGACAUCUCUCUAUCUUGUCCAUGGUGGGAAUGACGGGUUGGUUCAAGCGUGGGAUCCUUUGGCAUCGACUCUUCGGCCCAUUCGCACGUUGCACUCUAGGUUUUCGUCUCGUGCCCGUCGUCGCCUCAUUCAGGCUGAAGCAUCCAUCCUAGGUGUUGGGAAUAACUACUUCGCUGCUGGCGCAAUCUGCCUCGAUCCGGAUCCAACCGUGCUACGAGGUAUCGUUUCUCUUGGAACGCAUGUUCGCUUUUGGUCGUAUAGCUCAUCCGCUGCCGACGAGUACAAGACCAGCAAGCGUCGUCGACGACGAUCUCACCGAGGCAGCAACUCAUCCUCGGAAGGUCAGCGCUUCACCAGUACUGGCCGCGGUGCCUUGAAAGACUUCAUCGAAGAUGAGCAUCACGAGAUGAAACGGCAGAUCGUUGAAGACGAAAAACAGAGAGAACACCUUAGCUAUCGUUUUGGAACUGAUCUACUUGGCCCCGACGCAACUGAGGAGGAGCUUAUCGCUUAUGCUCAGUUAUUGAGCGAGGAGAGUCUGAACGACGCUUUCAAUCAAAAGCAGAGUGGAAGUAACACGCGGGCCAGCAGUGUAUCUAGUGAUACCGUCGCUGCCUUUGACAGCUCUUAUCCACCUCGCGAAUUCUCUUCGUCAUCUUCACCAGCCCUUGAGACCGUCGAGGAAGAACUUGCCCCUGAUAUCGCAGAAGCAAUUCGCUUAAGUCUACUCGACGAAACUCCACAUUCGCCUAACGCACGGCAGCAGACAUCGUCGCCACCAUCAUUCAACACCUCAUCAAUACCAAUCAAAUACGCUAAAGGCGCAAAAUCCAAAUUCAAACGUCGCCAACAAUCUAGUUCGCCACCGGAGACAGCAGCAGCUGAAAGCAGCAAUCAGCAGGAAAUGGAUGACUUGGAAUUUGCUAUUCAACUGAGUCUUGCCGAGGAGCAGAGUCGUGAGAAUUCUCAACGGCAGCUGGAGCAGGAGUUCCCGAGUUUAUAUGGUAGCUCGGCGGCUGGGAAAGGGAAGGGGAGAGCGCAGUAAUUUGUUACCGUUAUGUUUGUUUAUAUUCAUACCUGUUUUGUUGUGUCUUUUUGGUCUCUUGGGGUAUAACCCGAGACGUCUGGUGCAUGAUUUACUCUCAUCGCAUUCCACCUGGCAAGGUUGCACAGUCCAGUGUUGUCCAUGGGAGAAGCAUGUAGAGGGGAAUAUUUAAAAUACGUCUUGACGUAUUCAUCACGCAUUCUGUGGCGCAUGGGUCGCAAAGGGCCAAGUUCCACUGCCAGUCCUUGUCAGGAGUAUCCCAUACCUUGAUAC